UUCUGUUCCAGAGGCUGAAGGAUAAGCAGUAAUCGAAAGCGGAACGGGAAGGUGGAAAUAGGAAAAUACUUCGGCGAACAGGUGCAGCAACGCGUUGGAGAGUUUAGAAUGCGGGGACAGAAAACGCGGUGCUCGUCCGCGGCGAGGCGAUGAGAAGGCUGAAUGGAGGCCGAGGAAGCCUCAGAGCCCCCUGGGCUCCCUCUGACCGAUGUUCCCUCGUACAUCGAGAUGAACCAUAGUCCGCAACCAAUCUAAACCGAAAGAGCAAAAGAUCCAUUCGACCAACGAAACUAGAUACACUAACAGAUUCUCCUCUACACUGCAACCGAGCAACGUGGCCGACGUUUAUAGUUAGCCUAGACGAAUUCAAACGGACAUAGUUCUACUAAUUUUUUAGAACUUACUCUAUACUGCAAAUUGAACAAGGUGGUCGACUGUACAGUUAGCCUAGCAUUCAAACGUAGUUGUUCGACACUUAACACGGCCUGUAACUUCUAUCCGGACGCACGAGCUCAACCCUCUUUGAUACAACUCACGGAUGAGUUCACGGGAGAGUACCUAAAGCAACGAAGGGUAAUCGCUUAUCAAUUCGGAGGAUCAUUGAAAGGAUGGCUGCGCCGGUGAUCGAGAAGAAACGAUUCUUUUGCCGCGAAUGGGCGUUCACCAAGCUGUCUCAUUGUCUGGAGCAGAGGCCAGCCUCGAAGACCUGCGGCGUUCUGGUCGUCGGUGGUCCAGGAAGCGGGAAAACUGCGUUCAGCGCGGAAUUGGCUUGGCCUUCGGCCGGUGCCAAUGCCAGGCACCAAAGGUCUUUAAACAGGAGGCUGCUCGCCAGGCAUUUUUGCCAAGCUAGGAGCGAGGCGUCCUUGUCACCAGCCCAGUUCGUCAGAUCUCUGGUUGCUCAGCUCCUACAACCCGGUUCCGAUGGGAUCCACAGAGUCUCUUCGAGUUCUCCGAUACCAGGAAGCACGACGACGAACGCCACGACGGUGCCAUUGUCCUCCAGGGAGAUGGUGGCAGAAGCGUACGCGGAGAAGCUGAGAACCGACCCGGAAAUACAAGCAGCCCUGCAACCGGAUGUCCUCGACAGAGAUCCCGACGACGCUUUAAAAAAGGCUUUGCUAUUCCCACUGCUGGAGUUGGAACCACCGAAAUGUUGCCUGUUCCUGUUGGUCGACUCCAUCGACGAGGGACAAACCCUGGAUGUCCCGCAGACGGGCACCAGGGACUCGAGGAGGGAGAACGACAACGUCAGUAGGACGAUUGCUGAGUUAUUAGCCAACCACCAUCACCUGUUCCCUCAAUGGCUGUUGUUAGUCUGCACCGCUCGGCGACAGAGCAAACCGAUCUCCCGGAUGUUCAGCGGUUUCCGGAAGAUCCCAUUGGACGACCUGAGGAAGUCCCUCGUCGUGAGGGACAUCCAGCAGUACAUCCUAGCGCGGUUAGAUCAAGAAGAUGCUUUAAGGCAGCACAUCUCGCGCGACACGGCCGAGAUGCUAAACCAGCUGCACAUAAAGAGCAACGGAUGUUUCUUGUACCUGGAGAAGGUUCUCGACGGCGUGGCUGAGAAUUUCAUCGUACUACGGGAAGUGCGCGAGAUCCCAGGCACGCUGAACGGUCUUUACCUGUGGCUGUGUCAAAGGCUCUUCAGCCGUAAGCAAUUUGCCAAAGUUCAACCCCUCCUAAACGUGAUCCUAGCCGCGAAACUGCCGAUCACCCAGGAGAUCCUCUUCAAGUGCGUGAAGACCGCCUGUCCGAACAUCACCAUAGACGAUUUCAAUCGACGCUUGCACCUUCUGCGACGCGUCAUCUCCGUUUCCCGGGCCGGCGCCCUGAUGCUGUUCCAUCACAGCUUCGCGGAGUGGCUGCUCGACGUAAAACACUGCACGCAGAAGUAUCUGUGCUCCGCGGUCGAAGGUCACGCGAUGCUGGCGGCGUAUUAUACGCUGCGCGGGCCGGAAUUGAACGCCGACGAGAUCUGCGUCCUGGGGCAGCAUCUCCAGCGGGCGAUCACCAGCGUGGCCACGACUAAUUGCAAUUUAGACGUGCAUACGCUUCAGGUGCUCUGGAUGAUCGGCAGCGGAGCACCGAUCGAGGAUUGCUACUUAGAUAGUUCCGAGUGUAUCCUCUGGCCAAGGCAGGAGGUGAAGCUGUUGAAGCUGCUGAUCGACGCUGGCGCGAAACCCUCGGAGAAGACCGUCGAGGACGAUGCCAGCAAGGAUGCUGUUUCUUCUAGUCAAGUCUCGCAAGACGUAAGCCCCAUGGAUGAAUCUCCUAGCGAACCAUUAACGGAACUGCUCGGCGAAAGCGGGGACAUCAAUCAAGCUGAUUCUUGUGGACGAACAGUGCUGCACACGCUCGCUGCAGACGGUAAUGCAUCUCUGCUGGAGCUGGCUCUGGCAACAUGUCCUCAGGCGAAAUUAGAAGCUACCGAUCGUCACGGUCAAACGCCGUUGAACCUCGCGGCGAGACACGGCUAUGCAGAUGUGGUGCGGGUUUUGCUAGCCGCUGGGGCUUGUGCCGACCACGCCGAUUGCGAUGGAUGGACAGCCCUCAGGGCUGCUGCCUGGGGUGGCCACACUCAGGUAGUGGAAAUGCUGUUGGAGCACGGGGCGAUGGUGGAUUGCGCGGACUGGGAUCAACGGACCGCGCUGAGGGCAGCCGCUUGGGGCGGCCACGAGGACAUCGUUAAAGCCCUGUUGCAGCACGGUGCCGACGUCAACAGAACUGAUGACGAGGGUAGAACCGCGUUGAUCGCCGCCGCCUACAUGGGCCACAGCGAAAUCGUCGAACACCUCCUAGACUUCGGCGCGGAGAUCAAUCACGCCGAUAACGACGGGAGGACUGCGCUCAGCGUCGCGGCUCUCUGCGUCCCGUCCAAUCACGGCUACGCAAAAGUGGUUACUAUCCUGUUGGAAAGAGGGGCUGCCGUCGAUCACCAGGAUAAGGAUGGCAUGACGCCGUUGCUUGUGGCUGCGUUCGAGGGACACAGGGACGUUUGCGAAUUACUAUUGGAAUACGAAGCGGAUGUGGACCAUUGCGACGCUACUGGCCGUACACCUCUGUGGGCAGCUGCCAGCAUGGGUCACGGAACGGUGGUCGCCCUGCUAUUAUUCUGGGGCUGUUACGUUGACAGCAUCGAUAACGAAGGCAGGACCGUUCUCAGUGUGGCUGCUGCCCAAGGUGGCACCGACGUUGUCAAACAACUGUUAGACAGAGGCUUGGAUGAACAACAUAGGGACAAUUCUGGUUGGACGCCGUUGCACUAUGCGGCGUUUGAAGGCCACAUCGAUGUCUGCGAAGCGUUGCUAGAAGCUGGCGCAAAGAUCGAUGAGACAGACAACGACGGGAAAGGUGCCCUGAUGUUGGCCGCGCAAGAGGGCCACGCCGCGUUGGUCGAGAGACUCCUGGAGCAGCACAGCGCGCCCAUCGACCAACACGCUCACGAUGGAAAGACUGCUCUCAGACUCGCCGCUUUAGAGGGCCAUUACGACACAGUCCGAGUAUUGUUAGCCCACAACGCGGACGUGAACGCAAAAGACGCAGAUGGCAGGAGCACUCUUUACAUCCUCGCGUUGGAGAACAGGCUGGCGAUGGCACGAUUCUUAUUGGAACAUGCGCGGGCAGACGUUGAAAGCCGAGAUUCCGAAGGUCGAACUCCUCUGCACGUGAGCGCUUGGCAAGGGCACGUCGAGAUGGUGGCCUUGCUGCUGACGGAAGGUGGUGCUAGCGUGAACGCUUGUGACAACGAAAACAGAACACCUCUGCACUCCGCUGCCUGGCAAGGACACGCUGCCAUCGUCAGAUUGCUCUUGGAACACGGAGCUACUCCUGAUCACACUUGUAAUCAGGGAGCAACAGCUCUAGGUAUUGCCGCACAAGAAGGUCACGAACACUGCGUAAGAGCACUUUUAAAUCACGGUGCUGAUCCCAGCCACUCCGAUCACUGCGGCCGGAAUGCUAUAAAAGUGGCAGCGAAAAGCGGGCACGACACAGUAGUCAGGCUGCUCGAGGAACAUUCGGCUAACCAACGAAGCCUCAGACCUGGCAUUAACGGAGGUGGAAGUAGCAGCGCUACAUCGGUAACAUCGAAUUCGACAGCCGAAACAAAACCGUCGUCCGCGAUUCUGAACCCGCUGUCUACGCAGUACAGUCCGGCAGAGUCACCGGACUCGACGAAGAGGAGGAGCUGCGUGUCCCUCGGCAACAAUUCGAGCAACAGCAAGUCCAGCAGUAAUCUGACCGGAAGUACAAAGAGUGACCAAGGGAAAUUCAACCAGAACUCGAUGGUGAAUCAGGUAAUAAAAACACCAUUAUCUUUCACGCAACAACUACAACAAUGCUCGAGGGGAGCGAAGAGUCGGCCGCUCAGCAAACUUUUGUCGCCGCUGAAGAGCGAGCCACAGAGCCCUAUCUACGCCUCGCCGCCUCAUUCGCCGUUAAGCGACAGCCUGAUUCCGUAUUCGCCGACAAACACUAGUCCACCGAGUGCUCAGACCGCGGCCAACGUCAUACAAAGUCAGCUAGGGGUGUCAUUGCUAUCCGGUAAUCAGAAUAUGCCGUACAAAGCACAGAUCGGAGGGUACAACCACACGUCUGCCAUUUACGAACCGAUUAAUAUAAAAACUGAGAUCAUCGAUAAGAACGACAUUAGCAAACCAUUCGAAUUGACGAACGAGAUGUUGGGUCUGAAGGAUAAAAAGAACAGACUUGAGGACAAAAGGAAUUCGGCCGAUACUCACUUCACCAGAGACACGCACAUGAGGAUAAUAUUGGGGAACAGCGGUGCUGGUGUUGGCAGAAGCGUGAAACAUGCCUCUGACCACACACCUGCCAGCGCGAGCAAUGCAAAACCAAAGCGUAAUGGCUUGGUUUCCAACCCAGCCAUGAGAUUAGUAGCAGGUGUUAGGAACGGAAUUGAGAACGCGACUAAUAGGAAUAAGCCUAUUACUACGCGGGUAAACGGAUUUCAAUGGAAGGCGGAGGCACGAAAGGAAACACCUUUGUAGGGACAGGUUCUGUCGUCGGAGACACCUCAACAGGAUACCGGGAUCCGUUACUGCGGUUGGCGAAUCGUAAUCACCAAAAAACGGAAGUCAAUA